AUGUCUUUGAACUUCAAAUAUGUCAAAGAUAAAUCAGAAAAAGCUUUGGCAGACCUCUCCAAGAAGUUGCAAACUGGGCAUGCAAGACGUAUGGGUGGUACUGAAAACCAUUUCGCCAUGUUUCAAAGAUUGAAAAUAUAUCAAUCUUAUCAUAUUAGUGCAACUUAUGAUCGUGAAGUCGUGGAUCCACAAUUGUUAUUCAAAUCAUUAAGAAAUAUCAUAGUGAAGAAUCCAUUUUUAGCUUCUGCUGCUGUCACUCAAGAUAUUCCAUAUGAGAUUAAACCAAGACCAAAUGAUUUUUUGAAAGUUUUAGAUCAAGUUAAAUUUGAUGAUUUAGUAUGGGAUUUAAGAACAGAGCUUAAAGGAUUACCAUUAAAUAAAAUAUCUGAAAAUUUAAAUCAUCGUAUCUUACCAUAUGAAGAUGGGAAAUUAUUUUGGAGAGUAGGUUUAAUUGAUAAUAAUACCUUAGCAUUCAUGACAAAUCAUGUUGUACAUGAUGGUAUCACUGCAAAGAAUUUUUUCCAUGAUUUGACUCAAGAAUUCAAUUCCAAGGAUCCAAUUGAACCAGUUGAUAUCAAAAAUACACCUUUAUUUGAUUAUUCCAAAGACAUCACUUCAAAAUCAUUGAUCCCAUCAUCUGCAGAAUCAAUUAUUGAUUAUACACCACCAAAUUGGUAUUUACCAGAAUUUUUAACAAAUUUAUUCAUAGUUAAUAAGAUUGUUGAUCAAACACCAAGUAAACCAAAUGAAGGUUCAUAUUUCCAUACUUUUAAUAUAAACAAUGAACAAAUCUCUCAAAUCAAAUCCAAACUAGCCAAACAUUCAGAUCCAAAAGGUUCAAGACUAACAAUAACUUCAUAUUUGCAAAACGCAUGGCUACAUACUGGAACAAAAUUAAAACUUUAUAAAAAUCGUUUAGGUUAUUCCGGGUUUGUUGUCCCAAUUGAUGCAAGAAGAUAUUUCCCAUCAGAUACACCACAAGAAUUAUAUAGAUAUGGUCUUAACACUUCAGGUUUUGUUGUUCAUCAAUAUCCAGUUCCAGAAUUAAAGUGGAAAACCAUAUCAACAAUUGAUAAAUAUCUUAAAAAACUUGUUAAUACCAAGAGAUCAAUAUUCGCUACUGGGUUUUUCUCAUCAGAAAAAUUACUUAAAGAUAAACAUCUUGAUGUUGAUUUCCUAGAAACAUCAAAGUUUCAGUAUAGAGGUGGUACAAUCUUAACAAAUAUCGGUAUAAUGGGAUCAAAUGAAUUAGUUAAAGAUGGGUAUAAUAUUGUGGAUAGUGUAUUUUCUCAUCAUGUUAAUGGAUUGUUUUAUGAUUUUUCAAUAUUGACUGUUAGUACUAAGGCAAAUGGAUUAAAUUUUGUUAUUAGUGCACCAAAGAGUACAGGUCAAGAAAAAUUAGAUCAAGUUGGUGAGGAGUUUAAAAAAAUUAUACUGAGUGAUGAUAUAGUAUAG